CUUGCUUCUGUUAAAACCUUCUCAAUAUAUUAGAAGAAAAAAAAAAAUUAAAUUAAAAAAUUGAAACAAAAAUAAUUUGCAAAAUCAACUCAGACCAAUAAUAGAAUAAUACAAUUGAUAAAUUUCUGAACUAUUGAAAUAAUAAAUUAACAACCACUUGGAAAGUGAGAAUUAAAAGAGAAAAAAAAAGAAUAAAAAACUAAAUGAAUACGAAACUAAACCUUAGUUUUGUCGAAUUAUUCGAUCGUACGCACGUUAUAUUUUUAUGUAUACUUAAUUAGUGUUUAAAAUAACAACAGGAUAUAAAAGAAGAAUAGAAGGGAAACUAAAACAGAACAACGAAAAGCAACUGGAUGAUAUUUUUGAUUUUAUUUAGAAAAAAAUAUCAAGUUUAAAAAAUUCUGUUAAACGUGAGAUCACUAUAAUCAUGCAUUCCAUAAAGAAAAUAAUUUGUCUUAAUUUAUUAACAAUAUUAACAAUGAGUGGUGUUAUUAUCGGUUUUAUAGUGGGUAUUACAUUAAUUAAUGUGCGUGGUGAAUCAUUUACAUCAAGAGAAAUAUCAUAUGUUUAUUUUAUUGGUGAUAUAUUUUUAAGAAUAUUAAAAGCAUUAAUAUUACCAUUAAUAAUAUCUUCAUUGAUAUCAGCAAUUGGAAGUUUAGAUUUACAAUUAUCUGCUAAAAUUGGUGGACGCGCUAUUAUUUAUUAUAUAAUAACAACAAUAAUUGCUGUUAUAUUAGGCAUUAUAUUAGUACAAACAAUAAAGCCUGGUAAAAUAAAUUUCAAUGAUCAUAUUAAUUCAAAUAAUGAUAGUGAAGCCAUUUCAAAUAAAAAACGUAAUAUAACAACAACUGAUACAUUACUAGAUUUAAUCAAAAAUAUGUUUCCACCAAAUUUAAUACAAGCAUGUACAAAACAAUAUCAAACUGUAUUAAAGCCACCAAAAAAUUUUACAACAGAUUUAUUGAAAUGGAAGGUGACUGGUGAAUUCGUUGAUGGAAUGAAUAUAUUAGGCUUAGUUGUAGCAUCAAUUACGUUUGGAAUAGCUUUAAGUUCAGUUAAAACAGAAGCUCAAACUUUAAUAAACGUAUUUAACGAGAUGAGUAAAAUUAUGAUGAAAAUAACUUGCUGGGUUAUUUGGUUAUCACCAGUUGGUGUUAUAUUUUUGAUAUGUUCCAAAGUUAUUGAAUUGGAAAGUUUAGAUGAUUUAUUUGGUAAACUUGGUUUAUUUUUUAUAACUGUAGCAGGUGGCAUCCUAUUUCAUGGUUUUGUAAUACUUCCGUUGAUAUUUUUUGUAUUGACUAGAAAAAAUCCUUACAAAUUUAUUGCAAAUAUGAGUCAAGCUAUGGCUACAGCUUUUGGGACAGCAUCAAGUUCAGCAACAUUGCCGGUAACAAUAAAUUGUUUAGAAGACAAAAAUAAUAUUGAUUCAAGGGUUGCAAGAUUUGUAUUACCAAUUGGUGCAACAAUUAAUAUGGAUGGUACUGCAUUAUAUGAAGCUGUUGCUGCAUUAUUUAUUGCACAAAUCCGUGAUGUUGAUUUAACAUUUGGUAGUAUUAUUGCUGUAAGUAUAACAGCUACUGCUGCAAGUAUAGGUGCGGCUGGUAUACCACAAGCUGGUUUAGUUACAAUGGUUAUGGUUUUGGAUACGAUAGGAUUACCAGCGGAAGAUAUUUCUCUCGUGAUAGCAGUUGACUGGCUAUUAGAUCGUAUUCGAACAGUGGUAAAUGUUCUGGGUGAUUCAUUUGGAGCUGGUAUUGUUAGUUUUUUAAGUCAAAACGAAUUAAAUAAUAAUGAAAUUAAGUCAAAUAGAAAUAUAAAUGAAAAUUCAAAUAAUAAGAAUCAGUCAAGAACAAUGUUAAUUGAAAAUGAAAAUGAUUCAACAAUUGUUAGUGAAUAUUUGUAAUUAACAUUUUGAAACUCGUUUUAAAACUUUUAAGUAAUAAAUGAAGUACUGCGUGCGUAAAGUCAGCAUUUAAUUAUAAAUCAUAAGUUAUAAAAUUUAAACUAAUAUUAUUAAAAAAAAAUAAUUACCCGUUCAUAAUAUGCAAAUACCAUAAUAAUACUAAAUGAAAUGUUAAAUAUAUUUGCAAAUGAAAGUUUAAUUAUAAUUUUUUAACGUUGAUAAUAAAA